GGGAGAAAAAGGUUUGUUUUCUUCUAAGCGUCAGCAAAAGGAGUUUUUUUUGGUCACUUAGCUAAAAGUACAUGUGAGCGAAGUUGGUCCCUGCCCUAAAAAGGGGAAAGGAAGAAGAGGAGAGAGAGAGAGAGAGAAAAAGACUUGGAUACAUAAAGAAAAAGUUGCAGAAAAAGGACAAUUCUACAAAAAAGAGAGAAUUAAAUAAAACAAGAACAAAAAAAAGUUAUUGGGAAAUUUGUUAAGAGAUAAAAGAGAGUUUGACCAUCAUGGAGAGAGACCUUGUCCUGGACAAGCCAGUACCCAUCAAUACAGUGCGGCUGAUGGAAGUUACAGAAGCCCCCCACAGCAGGAAGAACUUCAGUGUCAGUCAUUUACUGGACCUAGAAGACGUAGUAGCUGCAGGGAUGCAAGGAGCUAGAGAUCUGGGGCCACCAAAUGGAGACGAAGAUAAAGACCUGGCAUCAGGGGCAAGCAGUGACAGUGAAGUGACAGUCCAAGAAGGCAGGAGCCCAAGUCCGGGUUGCAGAAAGUCUUCACGCAAAAAGAAGCAGAGAAGGAAUCGAACCACGUUCAACAGCAGUCAGCUGCAGGCUCUGGAGAGAGUGUUUGAGAGGACUCAUUACCCAGAUGCCUUUGUACGUGAGGACCUAGCACGGAGAGUUAACCUGAGUGAGGCCCGAGUACAGGUCUGGUUCCAGAACAGGAGAGCAAAGUUCAGACGAAACGAGAGAGCAAUGCUAGCCAAUCGCUCAUCCUCCCUUCUAAAAGCAUACGCCCAAGAUACCGCAGCGGAGCAACAAGUUACCACACGGCCACCAUCUCUGACACCAGAGUAUCUGCCUUGGAACUCAAAUAGCAACUACAGCAGCUCCACUUUACCAGCCUAUAGUCCAACUACAACUCAAAGUGCCACAGUACCCACGCAAGAAGUGAACAUGGCCGACAGUAUCGCAAGCCUGCGUCUAAAAGCCAAGGAGUUUAGCAUGAAUCAGAGCCAGGUGUCCACUGUGAACUGAGCUAUGACCAUUGUCAGGCAAACAUUAGCACAGGGUGUGCCGGACACACCUACCAUGUGCCUAUGGGGCUAGGAAGCAACAUUACUAGGCACAUUUCUGUUAUAAACACCAACCUGCUGCUACCUUAGGAAGAUGAUCGUUUUAUAUUAUCAUAUUCUAUGAAACAGUGUUUAUCAAGUGGUUAAAUAUAAUCAACAUUUGCAGAAACAAUAAAAUUGUUUUCUUCAAAUUAAGAUCAUUAGCAACUCUGAUCAUCAUAUCUACAGGGCACAACACCCUUUAACCCAGCCCAUACUCUAUAUAGCUAUAGGCAAUAAUCACACGCCCCUCACUUUCAUAGACUGUAAUCACAAAGACUGAGCUCACGCCCCUCACUUCCAUAGUCUGUAAUCACAAAGACUGAGCUCACGCCCCGCACAUGCAUAGUCUGUAAUCACAAAGACUGAGCUCACGCCCCUCACUUCCAUAAACUGUAAUCACAAAGAAUGAGCUCCUGCCACUCACUUCCAUAUACUGUAAUCGCACAGACUGAGCUCAUGCCCCCCACGUCCAUAGUCUGUAAUCACACAGACCGAGCUCACACCCCUCAUGUCCAUAGUCUGUAAUCAGAAAGACUGAGCUCACGCCCCUCACGUCCAUAGUCUGUAAUCACACAGACAGAGCUCACACCCCUCAUGUCCAUAGUCUGUAAUCACACAGACUGAGCUCAUGCCCCUCAUGUCCAUAGUCUGUAAUCACACAGACCGAGCUCACACCCCUCAUGUCCAUAGUCUGUAAUCACACAGACUGAGCUCAUGCCCCUCAUGUCCAUAGUCUGUAAUCAGAAAGACUGAGCUCAUGCCCCUCACAUCCAUAGUCUGUAAUCAGAAAGACUGAGCUCACGCCCCUCACGUCCAUAGUCUGUAAUCACACAGACAGAGCUCACACCCCUCAUGUCCAUAGUCUGUAAUCACACAGACUGAGCUCAUGCCCCUCAUGUCCAUAGUCUGUAAUCAGAAAGACUGAGCUCAUGCCCCUCACGUUCAUAGUCUGUAAUCACACAGACAGAGCUCACACCCCUCAUGUCCAUAGUCUGUAAUCACACAGACUGAGCUCAUGCCCCUCAUGUCCAUAGUCUGUAAUCAGAAAGACUGAGCUCAUGCCCCUCACAUCCAUAGUCUGUAAUCAGAAAGACUGAGCUCACGCCCCUCACGUCCAUAGUCUGUAAUCACACAGACAGAGCUCACACCCCUCAUGUCCAUAGUCUGUAAUCACACAGACUGAGCUCAUGCCCCUCAUGUCCAUAGUCUGUAAUCAGAAAGACUGAGCUCAUGCCCCUCACGUUCAUAGUCUGUAAUCACACAGACAGAGCUCACACCCCUCAUGUCCAUAGUCUGUAAUCAGAAAGACUGAGCUCACGCCCCUCACGUCCAUAGUCUGUAAUCACAACUGAGCUCAUGCCCCUCACGUCCAUAGUCUGUAAUCACACAGACUGAGCUCAUGCCCCUCACGUUCAUAGUCUGUAAUCACACAGACUGAGCUCAUGCCCCUCACAUGCAUAGUCUGUAAUCACAAAGACUAAGCUCAUGCCCCUCACAUCCAUAGUCUGUAAUCACAAAGACUGAGAUCACGCCCCUCACAUCCAUAGUCAUUAAUCACACAGACUGAGCUCAUGCCCCUCACAUCCAUAGUCUGUAAUCACAAAGACUGAGAUCACGCCCCGCACAUCCAUAGUCUGUAAUCACACAGAAUGAGCUCAUGCCCCUCACAUUCAUAGUCUGUAAUCACAAAGACUGAGAUCACGCCCCUCACAUCCAUAGUCUGUAAUCACACAGAAUGAGCUCAUGCCCCUCACAUUCAUAGUCUGUAAUCACAAAGACUGAAAUCACGCCUCUCACAUGCAUAGUCUGUAAUCACAAAGACUGAGCUCAUGCCCCUCACAUCCAUAGUCUGUAAUCACACAGACUGAGCUCACGCCCCUCACAUCCAUAGUCUGUAAUCACAAAGACUGAAAUCACGCCUCUCACAUGCAUAGUCUGUAAUCACAAAGACUGAGCUCAUGCCCCUCACAUCCAUAGUCUGUAAUCACAAAGACUGAGCUCAUGCCCCUCACGUCCAUAGUCUGUAAUCACAACUGAGCUCAUGCCUCUCACGUCCAUAGUCUGUAAUCACACAGAAUGAGCUCAUGCCCCUCACAUUCAUAGUCUGUAAUGACACAGACUGAGCUCAUGCCCCUCAAAUGCAUAGUCUGUUAUCACACAGACUGAGCUCACACCCCUCACAACCAUAGAACAUAAUCACAAAGACAGAGCUCACGCCCCUCACAUCCAUAGACCAUAAUCACAAAGACUGAGCUCAUGCCCCUCACAUCCAUAGACCAUAAUCACAAAGACUGAGCUCUUGAUCUUUUCAUUCACUGAACAUAAUCACAAAGACUGAGCUCUUGAUCUUUUCAUUCACUGAACAUAAUCACAAAGACUGAGCUCAUGCCCCUCACAUCCAUAAACCAUAAUCACAAAGACUGUGCUUUUGCCCCUCACAUGUAUAGACCAUAAUCACAAAGACUGAGCUCAUGCCCUUCACAUCCAUAGAUUGUAUCACAAAGACUGAGCUCAUGCCCCUCACAUCAUAGACCGUAAUCACAAAGACUUAGCUCUUGCCCCUCACAUCAUAGACCAUAAUCACAAAGACUGAGCUCUUGCCGCUCACAUCCAUAGACCGUAAUCACAAAGACUGAGCUCUUGCCCCUCACAUCAUAGACCAUAAUCACAAAGACUGAGCUCUUGCCGCUCACAUCCAUAGACCGUAAUCACAAAGACUGAGCUCUUGCCCUCACAUCCAUAGUCUGUAAUCACAAAGACUGAGCUCUUACCCCUCACAUACAUAGACUGUAUCACAAUGAAUGAGCUCUUGCCCCUCACAUCCAUUAACCAUAAUCACAAAGACUGAGCUCAUGCCCCUCUCAUCCAUAGACCGUAAUCACAAAGACUGGACUCUUGCCCUUUACAUCCAUAGACCGUAAUCACAAAGACUGAGCUUGUACCCCUCACAUCCAUAGACUGUAUCACAAUGAAUGAGCUCUUGCCCCUCACAUCCAUAGACCCUAAUCACAAAGACUGAGCUCAUGCCCCUCACAUCCAUAGACCAUAAUCACAAAGACUGAGCUCAUGCCCCUCACAUCCAUAGACCAUAAUCACAAAGACUGAGCUCAUGACCCUCACAUGCAUAGACCAUAAUCACAAAGACCGAGCUCAUGCCCCUCACAUGCAUAGACCAUAAUCACAAAGACUGAGCUCACGCCCCUCAUAUCCAUAGACCAUAAUCACAAAGACUGAGCUCACAACCCUCACAUCCAUAGACCAUAAUCACAAAGACUGGGCUUUUGAUCUUUUUCAUUCACUGGACAUAGUGGCAAGGACUGAGGCUGUACCAUAUAACAGAACUAAGAAAUCCGGCCUCGCCUUUCAUUCCAUGUAUUUCUUUGUGUUAUCUCCUGCAGCUUAGGUGCGUGAUAUGUAAAUAUGUAGAUACUUUGUACAUAUGUUCUGUAUUUGUAUUAUAAUUGCAGACUUAGGAACAAAUUCCUUAAGUGAGAGCUGUGUUUUUUAGCUAUCGUAUUCAUCUAUUUUACACAUCUCAGAGAAAUAUCACAUUGAUUUGGUGUCUGACAACAGCUGUUAUACAACUCACCUGAAUACAGAUAGAUCAGAGCUUGAAGAACAUAAUAUCAAUAGCUUGGACUGGCAGAUGACGCUCAUCAUUGGAUUUAUGUCUUGUGACCACAGGUGUCUCAUUAUGAUUAUUAUACAUUGGACCCUUGUUGCAGUAAGUGAUAAAUAAAUGACUUUAUAGUUUUACAAUGGGACAAUAAUAUAAAUACUCUACUAUCUAUUAAACAAAGCUGUUCUGAUGAAGAUCCUA